AUGGCCGCCACAUCGACCAAAAGACAAUACGUCCAUUUCGGCAGGGGUGGUGCAGGUAUGACUUUCGCCACGGAAGGUCUCCUAUGUAUAUGUCUGAUCUCGUGCGAUAGGCAACAUGAUGAUGAAGCCAGCAGGCCAAGUCACGUCCAGCGCACAGCCGCCCAAACUUCCGUCGCCGACCAGCAAGGUCGUCGCUUUUCGACGGGCGUGGGCGGCUUGGGCAACAUGACCUCUGCAAGGCGCACAUCAGCAGCCAAGCAAUCUCAAGACGCCACAAGCCAGCAAAACUACGACGACGACGAUGAUCACAAAGCAUAUCAUGACCAUUCGGCGCCAGGGAUCGUGCUCGUCAAGGGUGGUCAUAGUAUUGGCAUAGGCGGUUUUGCAAAUCGCUACAUCCCCUCCAGCGCCGAGGACGAAGAAGCGGCCCACAACAACGAACACUUCCGCCGGCAGAGUUUGGCAAACAUCGCUGCUGCGCGCAGCAGGAAAUCUAGUCAAGCCAGCACACUCGUUUCGGAGCAAGGCGCGUCAAGACGUGGUAGUCUGGCUAGCCUGAGGGACUUCGUCCGGGCAGGUGGUAGGAGGACGAGUAAGGUCUAA